AUGCGCACAACCGACAGCCUCUCGUGGUUUACGUUCACGAAUUGGGGUCCAUUGACAACCCCCUACGUCGCUCCAGCCUCAUGCACCGGCACACCGAGCUUCGUCGACCUUGGAACCAAUUCCGAACCGCUGUACGCGACAUGGCCCGUGGAGUGCACGGUCGAGGGACGCCUCAGUUGCCUGCCAACACCAACCGAUCCGCUCGCGCUGCAGAGCGCAAUCACAGUCGAUGGCAGCGGCGGACAUUUGAUUCCAUUCUAUUCCCCGGGCAUGGUCUGCCCCUCGGGCUGGAAAACACUGGGGGUUGCCUCGCGCCCCCCGGGCACCGAUACUUGGACGGAAACCGGGGCGUUCUCGCUGAUAGGAACCCAGCCGGCGCCGCAUUUCCCGCUGGCACAUAAUAUGAUUCCGCAGUUGUUGGAACCCAGGGAGACGGCGGUGAUUUGCUGUCCGAGUUCGAUGUCUAUGGGCUUCGACGGGGAGUGCUAUUCCCUCUUGCCGUCGUAUACGAUCUCGACUGCGUGCGCUGUAGUCAAUGGGUCGACCAUCCGUGCGACGAUCGCGCCGAGCGAUAUAACAAGCGACAACUUGAUUGCAGCGACGAGGAUGUUUCCGGUCUAUCUCGUGCACCAGACAAGCGCUACGGCGACGGCUGCAUCAACUCAAACGUCGAGCAAUGCGGCGGAGACUUCCUCUGCGAGUCCUAGCAGUGCCGCGGAGAGACUCAGUCCGGGACAAACGGGUGGCUGGGGGCAAGUCAACGCGAUGGUCGGGCUGCUGGCUAUUUCUGCGGUAGCGGGGGCUGCACUGCUUCUGCCCUGGUAG